AUGGCGCAGCCCUCACCCCUCAGACCACGGAACUCUUCUGACCUGGCUCUGUCAGCUACCUCAUCCCUGAACUCCCAACUGCAACAGCUCCAGCAGCUCCAGCUCCAGCAGCAGCAGCAGCAGCAACAACAACUGCCUCCUCCACCAACCAGCCAGCACCCACAGCCAGCCUCCCAGACAACCUCGCAGUCUCAGCAGCAGCAGCAGCAGCAAUCCCAGCCCACCCCGCCCCACCAGCCACCACCUGCCUCACAGCAGCCACCGGCUCCCCCAGCUCAGCUGCAGCAGGCUACUCAGUCUCAACAGCAUCAACCCCACUCCCACCCCCAAAGCCAGAAUCAGUCAUCUCCAAGCCAACAGAGCUCAAGUCCCCCUCAGAAACCCAGCCCAUCUCCAGGACAUAGCCUUCCAUCACCGCUCACACCGCCCAACCCUCUACAGCUGGUUAAUAAUCCUCUAGCAAGUCAGGCCGCCGCUGCUGCAGCAGCCAUGGGCUCCAUAGCAAGUUCACAGGCCUUUGGCAAUGCCCUCUCCAGCCUUCAGGGGGUCACAGGUCAACUAGUUACUAAUGCACAAGGACAGAUUAUUGGAACCAUUCCACUGAUGCCUAACCCAGGGCCUUCGAGUCAAGCAGCAAGUGGCUCUCAGGGCCUUCAAGUACAGCCUAUCACGCCCCAGCUCCUAACCAAUGCCCAGGGCCAGAUCAUUGCCACGGUCAUCGGAAACCAAAUCUUGCCUGUGAUCAACACCCAGGGUAUCACCCUGUCUCCCAUCAAACCUGGCCAGCAGCUUCACCAAUCUUCUCAGACAUCAAUGGGUCAAGCAGGCACCCAAGGCAACCUUCUGCACCUGGCUCAUGGCCAAGCAUCCACAUCUCAAAGUCCCGUGCGACAGGCUUCUUCUUCCUCCUCCUCAUCCUCCUCUUCUUCAGCUUUGAGCGUGGGCCAGUUAGUCAGCAAUCCUCAAACGGCAGCGGGUGAGGUGGACGGGGUUAAUCUGGAGGAGAUUCGAGAAUUUGCCAAAGCUUUUAAAAUCCGGCGCCUGUCCCUUGGCCUGACGCAGACUCAGGUGGGACAAGCCCUCAGUGCCACAGAGGGCCCUGCAUACAGCCAGUCAGCCAUCUGCAGACACACCAUCCUGAGAAGCCACUUUUUCCUACCACAGGAAGCCCAAGAGAACACUAUAGCUAGCGGUCUGACAGCCAAACUGAACCCUGGCCUUUUGUAUCCUGCCAGGUUUGAAAAGCUGGACAUCACCCCUAAAAGUGCCCAGAAGAUCAAGCCGGUGCUUGAGCGGUGGAUGGCUGAGGCUGAGGCCCGCCAUCGAGCAGGUAUGCAGAACCUCACGGAGUUUAUUGGGAGUGAGCCAUCCAAAAAGCGCAAGCGGCGCACCUCCUUCACACCCCAGGCCCUUGAGAUCCUCAACGCCCACUUUGAGAAGAACACACACCCCUCAGGGCAGGAAAUGACCGAGAUUGCUGAGAAGCUUAACUAUGACCGGGAAGUAGUCAGAGUUUGGUUCUGCAACAAGAGACAAGCCCUCAAGAACACAAUUAAGCGCUUAAAACAACACGAGCCUGCUUCAGCAGUACCCCUGGAGCCCUUAGCAGACUCUCCCGAGGAAAACUGCUAGACAUACCCACCCGUGGUCAGAAGGAAGCGCCACAGAAACUAAACACUACCCCGCUCCACAAAAAAAGGAAAGAAGGAAGAAAGAGAGAAGGAAGGCUUUAAAGACACCCUCAAUCAUCAUCACCCUUGUAUGUAAAAGACUAAAAGAGAAAAAAGGAAAAAGAAAAGGGGAAAAAAAAGAAACUACCAAAUGGGCAGAAUGGUUUAUACAUGUCCGUUGGUUUUCCAAAAGGAAAAAAAAAAGGAAAUUUUAAAUUUUUAAACAAGAAAUACACCACACAGAAGGAAUAUGUGGUAGGAUUGUUCCCUUCUCAACCUGUCCCCAUAAAGCCAGUUUUUUAAAGCAAACCAAAUAUCCACUUACUUUUUUCUGUAUAUGAUGAAAAUGUGAAUACC